UGUUAACUAGUUAGUUGCUUUGAAACACUGCUGAUAUUCACAACACACCAAAAACCAAAAUACAACAAAAAUAAAGAACCCCAUAGAUAAGAUACUUUUCGUUUUUCUUUUUCCCAAUAUCGAAGAAGUAGAAAAUACAAUUUAUAGAAAAAAAAUUAACAACAAAAACCAAUCAACCACAACGAAUAAUAUAUAAAAAUUGUGUGUCUUUAACUAUUUAUCAGUAUCAGAACGUAUUUACUAGUAGAGUACCACUGUGCCGUUGGGACCUCAAGAACUUUGAAAAUUUUUCGUUACUAAAGAAAUAGAAAUUUUGAAAUCAUUUGAAGAACUACUGCACGAAUAUCAGAGAGCGUGUCUAAAUUGAAACAACUCAAAGUUCAACUAACAGCUAAAAAAAUUAUAUUUUUUAUUCUGUUCAAUAAUAAAAAAGGAAAAAAUAAUUAAAUUAAUAAAAAAAAAGUUUAAAUGAAUAAAGUGGCCAUUUAAUUUAUUGUUACAAACAACAAUUCCACAUUUAAAAUGAUCAAAACUUAAAAAAAAAAAAUUAAAAACAAAAUAAAUUUAUUCAAGUUUAUAAUAAACUCAGUUUAAUUUAUGCGUAAUUAAAAAAAAAUAAUAUAAUUUAAAUAAAAAAUAAGCCUGCCUGCCAGUUGUGAUAUAAAUAGAAUUGUAAUAAUAAAAAAAACAAAAACAUUUUAAUUUAAUAUAAUUAAAAAAAAUAAAUAAAAUUAAUAAUAAAAAUCUAAAAAUCAACAAUAUGGAAGUUUUGACAGUACAAAAUCAGUACAAUGAUCAACAUUAUAAUGAAAUUUCCACAACCAGAAUUAAAAAUUGGUCAAGAUCUUUAAGCAAUAACGCACAAGACCCACGCCAUCAUCAUCAUCAUCAACAACAACAACGUCGUCAUGCUCAUCAGCAAAAACAGCAAACACAACAGCAACUAAGGCAACAACAGAUACCACCACCACCAGCCGAUUACUAUUAUGCCACAGAAGAUGAGCAACAAAUUGACUGUGAUAGUAUUGAUGCGGCAGCAGUGAAUGAACUUUCAUUGCUUUUGCUGGCCGAAUUGCGUGCUGCCAAAACUCGCAAUCUCACCUGUACCGAAGUCUCAUUACCCAGUGAUCUCACCCAACGCAUAGCCACCGAUAUAGUGCGUGUCUCGGAACGUGAACCCUGUGGCAUACGUGGCUGUACCGUAUUUGUUGAAUACGAAGAGGAAUUGAAUAGUGUUAAGCGUAUUGCUAAGUUAAAAUUAGAUCCUGAAAUGGUGUCUACGUUUGAGGUGUAUUUAACCUUGCGCCAGGAUAAGAGAGGUUGGACCUCUCUAUUGCCCCAGUUUAUAAAAGGUCUGUCACGGACUAUAACCAUAAGUCCUGAUUAUACCAUUAAUAAGCGUAAACUUUACUCUCAUGAUAGCAAUUGAGUCUGAGAGCCAGAGUUUUGCUUUCUUAGUUCGAAAAGAGCAAUAGAGCUAAAAGAGUUGGCUAAUCAGCCGUUUAGAGAGAGAUAGAGAUUUUGAGCUCUUGGUUUAAUUAAUAUAUUUUUUUUAUUAAAAGAAACUUCUAUUUAUGAAGCGUUAAGUAUUUUUUAUGUUUUCUGGAAACACAUGAUCAGGAGUCUUUGUGAUAUAGAAAUGCUCCUUAAAAACCAACAACAAUUUAAAUUAAAAGCAAAGCAAAGAGAAGAUAAUUGAACUCAUUAAAUGAGUUCAAUAAGUUAAAGAGUAAAUAUUAAAAAAAAAAAUACAUAGUUUAACAUUAAGCAAAACAAAUUCAAUUUAAUUAAUUAGAAAGAAAAACAAAAAUAACAACAAAAUAUAAGUAUUUUGAAUUCAUCCCACCUAUACUCACCACGGUUAUAAAAUCAUAAAUUCAAAAUGAGUGUUUUUAUGUUCGUUUUUAUUUUCAACAAAUUUUAGCAAAAAUUUUGUUUUUGUUAAUUUAAUAAGAGUAAUUGCUGUGUGUACUCAUUAUUUUUAAAGCUCUAAAACAUUUGCUUAAAAAUGUUUUUAUUUUUUUUAUUUAAAUUAAAUUAAAAUACAACUAAAUGUUUUGAGCAGGCAACAGUGUUUUUUUUUUUGGGUUCAAGUGUUUCUCAACUAAUCGGUUAUUCAUUCAGUUUAUUUGCAAAACACGUGGUGUUUUGUUAAAUAUUCUCAUUGAGGAAUUUGUUAAAAUUUAAAUAAAUACGAAAACAAAUUAUUUGACAAACAAAUAAUUGUUUGAUGAUCUCAGGCAUUAUUGACUAAUGGUAACCACAUUUUUUACAAACCAUAAACAAAUUUUCAACUUUAAAAAUUUACUUGUUUAUUAAAAAAAAAAAUAAAUAAUUAUUAUUAUUUAACAAAAUUUAUUUACAUUUUGUAACCAUUAAAUCUUCUAAAUCGAAUAAUUCAAAACACUUAAAAAUUUAAAACGAUAAAGAAGAAAAAAACCAUAAAAAACAAAUUCAGUUCCUCUGACUCGAACAACACACAAGCAACUCACACCCAAAAAGAAAAAUAUAUAAAAAUAACAAACAUAAAAACAUUUUCGGCCUAAAAUAAUUAAAAACAAAAAACUAAAAACAACAACAAAAACAAAUAACGCUUGAAAUAAAAGCGUAUAAAUAAAUAAAACUAAAAAAAAAAAAAAAAAACAAAAAAUAAAAAUAAAAA